CGCGAAAACUCAGCAGCAGUCCGUCUACAACAAUUCACAUCAUUCUAGAAUCCGUGUAAUAAUUACAGGAUAAUCACUAGUUUGAUGCAAUUGUAAGGUUUAGCAUACUGUUGUCUAGCCUUAUAUACGGUAUCCUAUUACUUUAUAACAACAUAUACCAAGCGAUAUGUUUUGUGAAAAGGCAAUCGAAAUAAUCAGAGAACUUCACCGCAUGGGCGAUGGUCAACUGCCUGCAUUCAAUGUAAGUGGCACAUUCAGGCAGGGUAUAAAUAUAUACUGGAUUUGUAGCAAUCAGUGCAGAUAGAAUAACUAGCUAGCUAGAUAGAUAGAUUGUUAGUUUACUCUAGCGAUGCAGGAGUCAACACUGGCUUGGCACGGGAUAGCUAGUACACCCAACUGCCACACAUGACGUUACUAUUAAUGGCUUAGCUAUAUCAACCAUCUUGCUAGGGCUGCACAAUUAAUCGAAUUUUCAUCGAAAUUACAAUAUGGACAUGUGCAACAGGUCCCCCUGGGAAACUCUGACCAACAUUUGGUUCUUACUCUGUCACUACAACUUCUACUGUACCUGGCAUUUUCAUUAGUCGUCAUAGUCCCCUGUAGCUCAGUUGGUAGAGCAUGGCGCUUGCAACGCCAGGGUUGUGGGUUCGUUUCCCACGGGGGGCCAGUAUGAAAAUGUAUGCACUCACUAACUGUAAGUCGCUCUGGAUAAGAGCGUCUGCUAAAUGACUAAAAUGUCAAUGUAAUGCCAAACAACACCAACCAUAGAAUCGGAAUACAAAUUUUAUUUCUAUGAUUCCAACAGUACACCCAAGUGUUUUGAUCUAAAUCGCAAUAUUUGGUUAAAAACAAAUCGCAAUUAAAUGAUUUGCCCAUAUGGUGCAGCCCUACUCCUUGCUAUUCUGACUUGGGUUCUCGAGAGCUAAAAUCAACCUAGCCAGCCAUCACUAGAAUGCGUUUCACUCAGUAAUAGCUAACAUCAACCAAGCCAGACUAUGAAUAAAAAGUGAAGGCGUUUAGAUCAGUUUGAUAGUUUGCAAUUUGGUUGUAAUGCCACUGACUACAUGGUCAUUUGACUUCUAUUACUGCUCACUGACACCUUCUUUACAUCUAUGCUCUCUGCACUUUUCAGGAAGAUGGUAUUCGUCAGGUGCUGGAGGAGAUGAAAGCUUUAUAUGAGCAGAAUCAAAGUGAUGUGUGAGUUAAGACAUUAAACAUUGUCACCCAUUGACAUUGUCUUAUAUAAUCGAAUGUGUAUCUCUUUCCCAAGGAGUUGUGAAAUAAACCUUAAGGGUUUUAACAAAUGCGUUUUAUUUCACACACCUCAAAGCAAUGAAGCCAAGUCUGAGGGCAAAAGUGAGCUGAUUCCAACCAUCAAAUUCCGUCAUUGCUGUCUACUGAGAAACCAACGUUGCAUCGCUGCCUACCUGUGAGUGCCUGAUGUGAUAAGGAGUUGAUUUUGAGCUCAUCAUCAAUACUAAUGUUUUUGUUGACAGUUACACUGACCAUAUCAUAGUUUAUUAGGAUAGGACAACAUCAUUGCUUAUUUCCUCUCCUCAGCUAUGACAGGCUCCUCCGCAUUCGGGCUUUGAGGUGGGAGUACGGAAGUGUGUUGCCCACAAACAUCCGCUUCCACAUGUGUGCAGAAGAGGUAUGUUUCUUUCUCCUCUUUCGAAGGCAAGAAACAAAUUGGACAGAAGAUGGCAGGGUAAUGUCAUCUGACUCUUAAAAUGUCAUGUUUCAUUUUGAAUAGUUGGAGUGGUUUAACCAGUACAAGAAGUCCCUGGCUACUUUCAUGAGGUCACUUGGAGGAGAGGAAGGACUUGACAUAACACAGGACAUGAAGCCUCCAAAGAGUUUGUACAUUGAGGUAAGCUGCACAAGGGAACUGCAUGCCCGCAAGGACCUGACCAGAGACUAAGUGAAUGUUGGUAGGGGCCACUUGUGCUGUUAGUCAUCAACUGUAUCAAUUCAUUCAAACUGUAGCACAUAGACCCUUGACUGAUAAAGGUGCUCCUUGCUUUGGUCUUCAUUUAGCUAUUUGUACGUAUUGGUCAUGUUCAAUUGAUUUUACCCUCUUGCCAUUUAGUUUGUUUCUCACCAAAUGUAUUUCUCUCCAUAGGUGCGCUGUUUAAAAGAUCAUGGAGAGUUUGAAAUAGACGACGGGACCAUCAUUCUUCUGAAGAAAAACAGUCAGGUAUAUAAUAAAAAACAUAACCAUCACUAUACAUGCACAUUGUGUAAAGAAUUGAACAUGAGUCAAAAUCAACUCCUCUAUCUCUGCAGCAUUUUCUGCCACGAUGGAAGUGUGAGCAGUUGAUUCGCCAGGGGGUCUUGGAGCAUAUCAUGUCUUGAAUCAAAUACCAGAACAACUAUAUUACCUUUUUUUUCAGCAGAGAGGAUUAUCCAUUGAAGUGAGACAAUGCAUCAGGUGGUGCUAUUUUGAAAAAGUGCUUUAAAACAAUAAUUAAUUCAUAUACUUAGCAGGAGGUCAUUUAUUACUUGGUCAGUUUUGUUUUACUUUAAUUGUGGAGUGAUUGUGUAGUGCAUGACAAAUCCACAGCUUGCAUGUUAGUGUUUUUAAUUACCUACAUACAUUAUUCGAUUGACAAUAAAUUUUUUAGUACUCAAAUAAUUUAGCAAUUAAAAGGUUGACUGUACAGCAGUGCAUCAGGAUUGAAAAUUGUGCAGAUGUGUAUCAAAACUUUACAUGUGUAAAUACUGUGCUUUUGGUUGAUCAUUUAAAAUACCACAAAGAACACUUCAUUAAAAAAGUAGCUAAACCCUUUCUUUGAUUCAUUUUGUGUGAUUAAAUGGAGGUUUCAGCCUUUCGCAUACAGUACCAUUCAUCUCAUAGUCUGACAGACCAACACUUAAAGUUAUGUACCUUAAUAGAGCGUUUGGUGAUCAAACUGGAAUGUUAUACCAUUGGUCCCAUUAUACAUCUAAUCGACUCUCAGACCUACCAACGCAGCAUGAUGCUAGAGGAUUGUCUGUUCGUUAUCUUUUAGUAACCUAACGGAAUACAAUACUUCAUAUGAACUUUGACCUUCACAAAAAAAUGAGUCUUUCAUUAACCUCAAUAUAAUAAAAAAUAUAUAUAUACACAU